AUGAAAUCGUACCUUCCACUCUCAGUCUUCUUUCUUCUGGCAACAUCCACCGAGUCACUCACUGAUGGUCGACACAAACUUGGAGCCUUGCAAUCAGCUUCCCGAACGAAACUUUUGAAUAAUCAGUCACGACGCGGAGGAACAAGGCGAUGUCCUGCUGCUGUUGGCAAGGCUGAAAAUUGCGCGCAUUGGUACAAGCCAGGACAAUCCAAGGAAAAGUUCAUGGACGAGUAUAUGCAAUAUUGCUGGAGCGCUUAA